AUGUCGUCGAAGUGCGUCUUGUCAAGGCUACCAAAACGCCCAUCGCUUUAUGAAAGGAUCUGUCACAUCCUCUUAUUUGGCCAUGUCUCAGGUGUCAUUGCACGAUUUGAAGAGCCUUGGGAUAUAGCAGAUCGAGUUCCAGAUGCGCAACGACUUUGGGACCGUUGUUUUACAGGUCACUCGCACACCCUCCAGAAGAAGAAUGAUCUGGUGUUCUUCCUAAUCAAGCAAUGCACGUACGACUGGCGCAGCAUGUUCGCAACAUGUGGCGAAAAGGCCGUGACGGCCUUCAUCUCACGGCAGGUCACAGGCUUUGAUACACCCGUUGAAAUUGAAGCAUACGUUGAAUGGGCCGUCCCCCAAACUCAGGCCUUUCAUGAUGAUGAAGGCAGAGGAAAUGCACCUCCGAUCUUGCCAUUCAUGUGGGCCAAUGUUGACGAGAGCGACUCUGAGAAUCCAAUAGGGAAGGGGCCGUUUCAGCACGAGACAAUCCUCGAUACAUUUGCCUUCUAUCUCGAAAGUAUAGCUGCGAUACCUGACGGCCUCUGGAAGACCUCGUCCCCCAAAGCUGCACUUGCCCUCGCAACUGUCGCGGUCGAGAGAGCAUGGAAGCAAUGGGCUACAGGUGAAUUAGUCCAGGACUCAUUCGAUGAUAAAUUUUCGUCAGCGAUGUGGAAUCUUCCAACACAAGAGGUCCUUGAAUCCAUUGACAAACUCAAACCUCGCACAUGGACGAAAAUACUCGAAGGAGCUGCGCACUUCAUUGGGGCCCAUAAGCCCAAGUCCAUACGAGCUCAACAAUGUUACACAGGUGGAGCAGGAUUAUCAGGAAGGGCUUUAUGUUACGAGUCCGAGUCCGAGUCCGAGUCCGAGUCCGAGUAG